AUGACUGAGGAAGAAAAGAAGAAAACCAAAUUAACUCCUCAACAAAUAAUGGAAGCAAAAGACGCAUUCGAUUUCUUCGAUCGUAACUCUCAUGGUAAAGUUAGCGAAAAUGAACUUGUUACAGUCAUGAGAUCUCUCCGACAAAAUUCAUCACAGAAAUUUUGA